GGUGCUGUUUGGAUGCACAGCUGUAGUCUCCAGCACCUUGCAUGGCUUGGCUUGCAGUGGAAUUCUGUGUCAGUGUUAUUCCCACUGCGCAGAUCGUUAAAGCAACUUUUUCACUUGCCCCACGAGAUGUCGAGAAUGGGAACAGAUGCUCCUGAAUCCAUUUGCCUGUUGGACCUUGAAGUUUUUUUACUUGGGAUGGUGUUCACUAGCAACUUAGAACUGCGAGAGAAGUUUAAUACUCAGCGUGGCACACAUCAACCUCCUUUCUUACCGUUGCUGCUGUGCAAACAGUACUGUACUGAGAAGGAAAGGUCCUGGUGGGAUGCUGUGUGUACUCUCAUGCAGAAAAAAACAAUACCAGACUCGGCAGCCAAACUGAAGCUUCUUGUACAGCAUGGAUUGAGUACUGUGCGAGCCCUGGAGAAACGCGGCCUUCAGCCUGCCUUAAUUAUACACUGGGCAAGAAGCCUGCAAAAAACCAGGCAUUAGCCUCCUACGACCGGAAAGAAUAUGUUGAAAGAAGUGUCUACUACUGGAAGAAAACUUUGUUUAGCUUGAAAACUAUCAAAAAGCGCAGAAGUAUUCCUGAACCUGCUGAUCCUCUCUUCAAGCAUUUCCAUACUGUGGACAUCCAGGUACUGAUGGAUUAUUCAAAGAGGAGAGUAAGAGGGGUUAGAGGAAAAGUAAGUAAGGGGGUAAGUAGUAAGGGGUAAGAGGAAAAAGAUGGCAUGGCUAAAGACUGAAUCCUUUAUUCAUGU